AUGGCAGCCAGUAUAGCGACUGGUCUCGCCAUCACCAAUCCACUGGUCAAAUAUAGAGCGCUGGUCGCGACAAAGGCGAUCUCUCCUGAUCCGGGUCAACAUCGUCUCGCGAUCUACCUCUCCAAGCUCUACGACCGUCUCAAAGACUACGAACCCGAAGUCGAAUACGGCCACCGUCUCGACCAACUCGCCCGCGCCAUCCGCGCCCGCGAAACAAGCCGCGAGGGCGAAUCCCUCGCCUCCCGCACAUGGCGCGCAUUCCUCUCCUCGCGCGAACGUCGCGACAGUCUCGCCCUCACCCGUCGUCUCACAUCGCGGGAAUCCGCCCUCCAGAUGAAAUCGCCCAAGGGCCUCAUGCUGCACGGCGAAGUCGGCACCGGGAAAUCCAUGCUCAUCGAUCUAUUCGCGGAUUGUCUUCCCACCCGCAAGAAGCGCCGUUGGCACUUCAAUACGUUCAUGCUCGAGACGUUUGCGAAGUUGGAGGGCCUACGACGGUCCCGGUUAGCGGGGCCGCAAAGACCUGGCGUGUUGGAACCUGAAGACGAUUAUUCGCUGUUGUGGUUGGCGAAGGAUCUGGUGGAGACUAAUCCGAUCAUUUUCCUGGAUGAAUUUCAAAUGCCGGAUCGAGUGGCGAGUAAGAUUCUUACUAAUCUCAUGACGAGUUUCUUUCAUCUUGGUGGUGUGCUCGUCGCGACGAGUAAUCGUAUGCCUGAGGAGUUGGCCAAAGCAGCAGGAAUUGCAUUUGCGCCACCGCCGACAGUGACGCCAGGAUUUGGGUGGGGAUUUGGUGCGCGGAGGAAGGAUUCUGCAAAGUUGAAUCCCGGGUACAACGAAUUUGCAUCCUUUCUGGAGGUCUUGAAGGCGAGGUGUGAAGUCUUGGAGAUGGAAGGCGGAAAAGACUAUCGGAGAAUGGAGAGCGGAACGAUGGCUCCUAAGCGGGACGACUUGGAAGAAGACGACGCAUUAUGGAGAGUGGAUGCACACGAGGAUUUGCAGCAUUCGGCCGGUAUGCCUGGGUGGGCAAUUCCCGAGACUGCGAAGGACACCGCGGCAGAGACUGAGGAAGCUGAGCCGACCGGUCUUAGUGGUGUCCUUCCGACAUACUUCGCGGUUGAUGCGGACCCCGAUUCCCGGGAAGCUUUAGAAGAGUCCAUCAGGAGGAUACUAGGAAGUCCACAAACAGGAGCCAUCACAUGGAUCCCUUCGACCCUCACAAUCUAUGGAAGACAGAUUGAAAUUCCACGGGCAUCUGACGGCAUCGCCAUGUGGAAAUUCUCCGAGCUCUGCAAAACGAAUCUCGGUCCCGCCGACUACAUCUCCCUCGCUUCCACCUACCACACCCUCAUCCUCACCGAAGUCCCAGUCAUGACCUGGCUGAUGAAGAACGAAGCCCGACGCCUAAUCACCCUCCUCGACGCCCUCUACGAAUGUCGAUGCAAGCUCUUCGUCAGCGCCGCCGCCGGGCCCGACGAUAUUUUCUUCCCGGAAGAACAACGCAAAGAUGGCGACAAAACCGGCGACUCCGUCUACUCCGAGACGCUCUCAGAAGUCUACCAGGACGCGACCGCACCCUUCCGUCCCAACAUCCUCUCGCAAAACCCCAACUACGCCGAACCCGAAUCCGAACCGGACUACACCCACGUCCGCCUCGCCGGCCUCCUCAAAGCCGACUCCCUCGAAGACUCGCCUCCGGUCCCGGCUUCGAAGAACACCCUCACCAAGCCCGCUAAUCCCUUCGGCCGCUCCUUCGGCCUGACAGAUUCCGAAAUGGAGCCCCGCCGCCGCGAACGACCCAUCGACACAGGCGACGACACCCGCUUUGCUGCCCCCGCGGCACCAUCCCCAUCAUCACGAAACCCGGAUUUCGGCAAAACCGCCGCCUUCACCGGCGAGGACGAGCGCUUCGCAUAUAAACGCGCCCAGAGCCGUCUUUGGGAGAUGUGCUCGGCGCGCUGGUGGGCCAGGGACGAGAGCGAUUGGCACCGCCCGCUUCCCGUGGAGGCGAGGCGAUGGGAGAGGGCGAUCGAUGACGGCGCUGGCGGUAGAGAUGGAUUGGAGAAGAAGCCGGAGUUGACGGAGAUCAGGGUGGGUCCGAAGACAAUUGAUCAGACUCGCGAUGAGAGGAGUUUCAGGAAGGUGGAGAGAUUCGUUGCUGGUGGGGGUGAUGGUGGUGAUGGUUCUCCGUCGCCUCCUUCUGCUGCUUCGUAGACGGGUGGAUUAUGCGGAGGCUGCUGCAGACAUGGGAAGGAUAUCGGGAUGCACUCCUGCUCGGCGUGAACGGCCGUCGCGCUUCACGAGUGGUCCCCAACUAUUCACCGAACAAGAACCCCACUGCAAGCGUUCAACCCUACUCUCCUCCACUACAUGGUGCUGGUUCCGGCACCGCACCUUUUCUUUCUCUCUCAACCGCUUGAGCAGUACCCCUGCAAACGACGGGGAAUUCCACGGACUUUUGUCUCUCAGCGGCAAAUUUCAGAUAGAGAGCCUCCUUCCCUUCGAAGGCGAAAAUGAUGGGGAAAGGGAGGGGAUGGGGGACGGCAAACUACUCC